UUUUAAUUUAUUUUUUUCCUUUUAAUUUACAAAUAGCCUAUAAGAGCAGACACACCCCACCGUUGACCUUGUUUCCAUCGUGUUGCUGUGCUAUGCCGGUGUUCGCAGAGGACCCUUCUCAGCUCUCCAAAUCUAGGCUGAAGUCAGAUUUAAUUGCCCACAAUGUCGCUUUGCCACCUGCCCAGAGCAAAAAGGAGAUUUACGUGGAGUUACACAUGAAACACAUAGAUCAGAAAAACGCUGCGGAUUUCUCCAGCGACGAAGAGGACCCAGGACAAGAUGUAGUAGAGGAGGGUCCAGAGGAUGCCGGGAUCCUUGACCCCAGUGUUUUGACUGAUGAUGACCUCAAAGCUGCACUACUCAAGCAUGGGGUGAAAGCAGGACCCAUAGUCGCCUCCACUAGAGCCCUGUAUGAGAAGAAGCUCCGAACCCUGCUUCAGUCUGAUGGACAUGACACGCAGAAUGGCGCAGAGGAAGCCGUGUUGUACUCUGACAGCGAAGAAGAGGAGGAAAAUGCUGAAGACAAAAAUGAAGAGUCAGAUACUGAAGACACAAAACAGACAGUUGAACAGGAAGACGAGGCUGAACAAGAGAGCAGUGAGGAGCCUGUCAAAGAUACUUUCAAAGACUUGUUUCCAGACACGGAGCCUACACCCACAGGGAUCUAUGCUACUCGUCGGAGACCCAUCAAGGGUGCAGCAGGAAGACCCAUCCAGUAUGUGUACCCAGACACUCCAGUCAGUCCCACAACCCUGGAGCGACAAGAGGUGGAGCGCCGCCUUGUGCCUGUCUACAUACAGAUGUUUGUGUUCCUCAUUGUAGCCUGCGUCCUCUACUUCAUCUAUAUUUGUGUCGAGGACAGCUCAUUCAGCCCCCUCAUGGCCUUGCUGGACAGCCUAGACCAGAGGUUAGAGGACGACGAGGGGCUUUUGCUUCAGGAUGAGACCCAGGGCACUCCAGUGUUCUCUGAAGGAGAGUAACUUUGGGUUAUUUUUGUGCUCGGGUUGUGUGAAUUACUCAUUUGUUGUUUCAGUUGAUAACAAGCCAACAAAUACCCAAAGUUCCUGAAGCAUACACGUUUUUACACUGCAUAUUGUUGUUCGCUGUAUUUGUGUGCCUGUACAGAAGUGAACCUUGAAAUUAAAGUUUAAAGAGCUAAGUAUUUUUUUGCAAAUGUAUAAUUAAUAAGAGGAACGCUGCAUUUUUGUAUUUCAUUAUGUGAAUUUAUGACGGGAGCUGUUCAACAAGUUCUCUUGCAUAUAAUUGUGUUGUUUUUAUAUUUAUGCUUGAAUAAAGGAUGCAUUACUUCA